UAAAAAUCGAAGGAAAAUCGAAUCGUGAAAAAUCCUGCAAAAAAUGCACUAAUCAGCACAAAAAACGUCACACAUUGCUUUUACUCACGCCACACAACUGCUUGCCCAAAAUGUCAUCUAAAACGAACAAAAUCUUCCUCAUUGCUUGUGGCUCGUUCUCGCCGCCGACUCCAAUGCACUUUCGGAUGUUCGAAUUGGCUCGCGAUCAUUUCCAGGCACUCGGUUACACAGUUCUCGGCGGCAUCAUCAGUCCCGUGCACGAUUCUUACCCCAAAGUUGACUUGGCGCCGGCAAAACAUCGCCUGGCAAUGGUGAAACUCGGACUUCAGACUUCCGAUUGGAUUCGAUUGUCGGAUUGGGAAACACUUCAGGCAGAAUGGACACGAACGCGACAAGUGCUGCAAUAUCAUCAGAAUUAUAUCAACUCGUUUUUGGUCGAUAACAACAAGGGCAACAACAAUUCGGGGUACAUUCCGUCGUGGCUUCCGCUGAAUUUGCUGAAAAACUGCGGAGCGGAGCAUGUUCAGGUGAAAUUGUUGUGCGGAGCUGACUUGUUGGAGAGUUUUGCGACUCCUGGAUUGUGGAAGGAUGAAGAUAUUGAAGCAAUUUUGACGCAACAUGGCAUUGUGGUUGUUACUCGACAUGGAAAUAAUCCGGAAAAGUUUAUUUUUGACUCGGAUCUCUUGUCACGUCAUAAGCAUGAUAUCACUCUAGUCACGAAUUGGGUUACCAAUGAAGUCAGUUCAACACUCGCAAGACGCUUUAUACGACGAGGACUUUCCGUCAAAUACUUAAUUGAUGACUACAUUGCCGAAUAUAUCCGGAAAAAUAACUUGUAUCAAGGAUCUCGAGACCAAAUUAAGUAUCUUUCGACGCCAAAUCACGAACCGAUGAUGAUCUCUCCGCAAAACGACUCCCAAUUACUGGAUAAUUAUCAAGCCUCCAUCUCGAAGCGGAAUCUACGAAACCGCAACAACUACGAGAACGAAGAUCAAUCCAUGGAUGAAACGGAUGCCUCGAAAUUGGCGCAACUUUCGUCGACAACCAGCUUGUCUCUCGCCUCGACAACGACAACAAACACAAACAAAAAAGAUAUCGAGCUCACGGAAAGUGGCAGCGACGACAAGCCAUCGCGAACGUACGUCAAUCGACCCGGAGGCGCGGUGAAAAUUCAACGAGGCGACACAAUUCAGCGCAAAAAUACCGUCACGACGCGCGAAAAAAGCAACGAACGUCAGACCAGAGUCCGAUCAAGAAGGAAACGCAUGAAAACAACUCAAAAAUAAUUUUUCUUCCAACUGUGUUUUAUUUUUUUUUACUAAACUCGCAUGGUUUUAUGUUCGUUAUAUAUUUCUAAAAUUAAAAAAAAAUUGUUUAAAAAAUGUUAAAAACUGGGAUAAAAAAAAAAUUUAUCGGAAAUAGAA